AUAUGUGUAUAGAAGAAACGCCAACAGAGUUGCCGACCAUGGCACCAGCAAAGAGUGAGGAAAGUGAAGUUAUUGAAAAUGAAGGGCAAAUGUCGUCAGAAAAUUCACCGCUACGACAACGUCGAGCGGGCAUAUUGAAGGGAGGACGACUGUGGAAAUCAUUAGAUACCGACAAAGACACCUGUGAACAGAAUGACGAUCAACGUUCAACAACUGCAAGUGAUGAAGACGGUUCAAUUACACCAAGAUUUGUUCGGUUUGUUGAGAAAUCAAAAGAAUGUGAAGAUGAAGUUAUCGAAAAGAAUGAGGUGGAACCUCUUCAUUUAUCUGACUCAGAACAAAGUUCUCAUAAAGAAUUAAGUUCCAACGUUGGACACAGAUUAGAGACGCCAUUGAUUUUGACGAUAAGCGCGCCCAAAGCGAAUUCAGCGGUGCAACAACUGUUCAACAGCAGCCGACCGCCGCCCCCGGCAAUUGAACCCCAGCUGGUCACUUCUGAAACACUCAGAGCAUGGGACGCGGGGGGGAGACCUAAAGCCGAAGAAGCUGCCGUAAGACGCGUCGCUGAAAGAAACGCUUUAAGAUGUUCACUUCUCCGAAGCGAAGCCAGAAAAAAGCAACAACCAAAGCAAGAAACUACAUCGCUGUCAGAGAGGAUUCGACUAUUAACAUGCGACGUAGAAGACGAUGAACAACACGAGGACCAGAGGUCGUCGCCAGCAGGCACAAGUAUCGACAAAUUCUCAAGCAGUAGCGAUAAAUCCAGUGAGAAAUCUUACAACAGCAUUGACAAAAAUAAUGAAAAGGCAUUCGGAAGUGCAUCGUCAAGUUCGUCCUCAUCUACACUGUCUGCGCCGGUACCGACUCGUCAACAGCCACCGGACUUAGGAGAUGUACAUCAAGAGCCACCAAAGCCAAGAUCGGAGCCACGACGACAAUUUCUAUCAACCCUCGCACCACUCACAGCGUGUGUCGGAAGCACGGCACAUCACGAAGGAUUUUAUUAUGUGCCACCCGGAGAUCGAACCUCCGCCUCUUCAACUACAAACCUCGAUUUCCAGGAGCACAAUGACGCACCGGCUCCCGACGUAGUAGCGGGAACGCCAGGUGCCGGCGAAAGCGACGACAGCUUAGCUGCAUUCGCGCGUGCGUCCGCGUCUCGAACUGAAAGACUUCGUCAGCGAUAUGGUCAGGAGUCGCAACCGGUUAGCAGUGAUGAUGAACAUGAUGAUUACGGUUUCCAUCGUCGACCAGCGGUGAGAGGUAUCGCUGUGAAGCAACAGCUCGGAGCUUCAGACGAAAUUCUACAGCAGAUGCAGAACGAACUGCAACCAACUCCGACGCCAAGUACAACAACGCCAGUUCCCAGUCACGCUUGCCAGCGCACCAGUUCAAACUAUUCCUGGCCAUACUAUUCAGAAGCGAAUCUUAAUUCUAGGCCACAGAGCAGAACAAGUGUUAACAGCAACUGGUCUAAAUCGGAGUACGUACCGCGCCAAUGCAGCAGCACACCGGUAUCCCAACACACUGAUUCUUGCUACGCGCAUGCUCAGAAUGUUGCAUCUUACCACUACCAGCGGCAGCACGAGAACGUGUAUAGAAACUGCUCGCUCUAUGCUAACAUUGGAUGUUCAGACAGCAGUCAAGAGUUAUACAGCUCGCAAACAAGUUCAGAACAGACAUCACCGGUACGCUCUGGUCGAUGUAGGAGACCGGAGUCUCCUCCUCCAAUACGUAGUCAUCACCAACUGCUCUAUGUGCCGUAUAGCAAUCACUACCACUAUCAACAGGAAUACGCGCAAACUUGGAAUGCUAAUGAUUACAACCGCGUGCACUCGUACUACCAGCCGCAAGCAAUGAGCGGCGCUAGCACGCCACAACCUGCCGCCGCGGCUGUACCGCAGCGUGCCCACUAUACCCAUGCCCUACAACUACAGACUUUGUGCCCAGCUCCGGCAAGGUACAGACCAGUGCCCGCACCUCAACCCGGUGGAGGAAAACAAAUGAUUUGCUACUCUGAAAAGGUAGCAGCACCGCUAUACCAGCCAGCUCCAGGAUCACCUUCACGCACUUCAAGAGGAGCACCUGAAGGAACGGCCACAGCUACUUCACCAAUGACUUCUUCUCAGAACCCCGUGUACUACGCGAUGAACGUCUGACAAGGCGACUAGGUAAAAAUUGUCGUGGGUCGCGAUGCUGUUCGUAUCAGCAUUCAGCCACCUGGACAUUCAACGGACAUCACUAAAUAAUUCAAUGUCGCUAUUUUGCUGGCGCUGUGUAUUUCAUAGCUUCUGCGAUUUAAGAGGUCGGGUUUGACAACGAUGUCACAUCACAACUGUGGAACGACAAAUAGAUUCAACAUGUAAUUACUUGGCGAUUGUAUUG